GCACCAUAGACGUAUUGCUAUUGCUUAAUUUAGUCUAACAUUCCCAUGAGCCUCGUGAAUAAUUCGAUUGCUCAUGUCUGUAUGCCCGCGGACUGAUCCAGGAUCUGUUUUUCAACACUGUCUAGGGUCGACUACUAUGUUUUGAAAAGCUUUAGCUGAUCUGAAGCCCGCGCAAGAAUGAAGUUACACCGAUGAGCUGGAGCAACCAGGAAAUAGACUGCCAUCUGUUUGGGAAAUGUGCAAAUAUUUUGGCACUGCUAACUAUAUAGGCUACACAAGUAUUCAGGUUAAAUUAUUUGUCAAAUUAUUAGUAGGCCUACAUCAUGUCCUCCGAGGCGGUGUUAACUGUUCGUCUAGUGAGAUCAUUUGAGCAUCGCAACUUCAAACCUGUGGUCUUCCGAAACGUAAAUCUACACCAGACAGUAGAGGAAUUCAUUGCAUUUGUUAAAAACGAUAUCUCUACAAGAGCAGGAUUACCUCCCCCCUUCAAGAAAUUCGAAUAUGACACAAUGAAGAUUAUUCACCAGGCACAUGGAGCAAAGACCAAUGAAUUAGUGAUGAGCUUGGAAGACGACGACAAGCUUCUGUUGAAAGAGGGCAUCAGCCUACUAGUUGCAGGAGUUGCCAAUGAAACUGAAUUGGGUUUCUUCCGGAAAGAAGAUUAUGAAAACUUCAAGACAAAUCCUAAAACAGUCUGGUGACACACAAAAGCUUCACUGGAGAGUGAGAAAUAGCAUAUGUGAUGCAAACACAGAAGAAAAUGACAAAGCAGUGACUUGGGUUCUCCAAAAUAUGGAGAUGGUAACACAGAAAAGGACUCCCAGUUCAACAAAUUUUAUUUUAAGGACAGCUGCCAACGUACUUCAGUUUUAAUGAUCUGUUCCACUCCCCUUGGGGAGGAGCUAUGUUAAAACAUGAUUUUUUAAAUAAAAUAAAUGUCUUCAAGAAUU